AUUAUGGUAGAAAUCAAAAGAUAAGCUAUUAUCUUGAUUAUUAAAGAAACUUAUGAUUAUUUACAUAAUUAAGAGGAAUUAAUCAAGUAGAAUUAAAUUAGUACAUAAAUAUAUUUAUAAAUAGAAUGCAUACUAAAUCAGGUUAAACAAUUCAUUUAGGCUUCACAAUUAGUAGAAAUACCAUAAUACUAAAACUAAAAAGUACAAGAAUAAGGUAUUUAUAAAUUUAGAAAUUUUAGCAAUACGUUUACUAAAUAAUUAAAGAUGGUGUUAAGCAGACCAAUUGAUAGAAAAACAUUUAAAAGAAUCUGACAAAUAUUAAUCUUAUUUGAAAUUCCUUUAAAGUACUAUUAAUAUAUAUAAUUUAGGCAUUGCCUUAAUUGAAAACAAUUAACCAGGAAAAGGACUUAUUAAAAGAGAUGAAGCCUAAAAAAUGAAUGGAAACUUAUAUAAAGAACUAUCAGAUUAUGCAGAUAAGAAACUUAGUGAAAAUCAAAAUAAUCUAAUUAUACUUAUCAUAAAAAGUUAAUUAUAUUAUGAAUUUCUUUAGGUUAUGCAUUACAUGAUCAAUAGAAAUAUGAUUAGGCGAUUGAUUAAUGUAGAAUAGUUUUGAGAAAAAAUCCUAAAUAUCUCCAUGCCUUAUAUAGAUUAAGUACUAUUUAAUUAAAAAAUUAGGCUAUGCUUUAUAAGAUUAGCAUCAAAAUGAUUAGGCAAUUCAAUGUUUUGAAUCCUGUUAGGAAUAUAUCAUAGGUUAUUUUUAGAGAGGUAGAUUAUUUUGUUAUCAUAUUUAGCAUAUUCAUUACAACAAUAAGAGAAAUAUUAAUAUGCUAUUACUUAAUACGAUUUGGCAAUUAAAAAAGAUCCUUAAUUUUCCUAAGCUUUAAAUAAUAAAGGUUAUAUUUAUUUGAUUGUUUUAGGUAAUUUAUUAUAUAAAAUGAAAAAAUAUGAUGAAGCUAAUGAAUUUUUUGAUUAAGCAAUAACAAUAGAUCCAUUUAAUGCAAAAUUUUAUUUUAAUAAAGGUUUAAUAUUAUCUCAUUUUAAUAGGUUAGUCAUUAUAUUUUCUUAAAAAAAAUGAUCAAGCUUUAAUUUACUUCAAUUAAGCAUUGAUUUUCGAUAAAACAUAUGCUGAAGCAUAUACAUAUAAAGGUACUUAAGAAUUAUAAAAAGGCUAUCUAUUAUUAAAAAUGAAUAGAUUGUAAUUUGCCAUAACAACAUAUAAUUAAGCAAUUAUAUAUUGCGAAAAUGAGAGGGCCAAAUUUGAGGAGUUAAAGGCUAGAGCAAUAGGUGUAAGAUGA